CCGAGAUCUGUUAGAAUCUCCUGAAAUUCAAGAUAAUGAUACUAACAAAGAAAAUAAUCCCGUAACAGUAAGAAUCAAAAAUCUACCUGUAUCAUAUUACAAAGAAUAUUCAGCAACAAAAUGA